UGGGGAAGAAAAAGGAUCUCUCUGCUGCUGAAAAGCGUGAAAUAUGUCAGUGCCUCGGACGAGGUAUGAAAACAUUAGACAUUUCACAAAAAAAGCGUGAUUGUUGCGAUGAACGUCAUUCCAGCAAGUGGUUACGUCGUUCACGCAAGUGGUCAUGCGGAACCAAAGUUUACUCACCUGUGUGCACCCGAGGGGAAGGCAUUAACGGACGCACCUGCUCUUUAUUUUGGAUAAAGUCGGCAAAACGCAUUGGUAGCGCGACAAGCAAAGGGUCAAAUCUACACCAAGUGCUUCUGGAACUGUGCUGCGAUUGUGUACUGAAAAGUAGACUCUGAACGGACAGCCGGUUUUUCACCUGUAAAUGCCUGGCUUGAGGAAAGCGAAGAUAAAAUAAAAAGGGAUAAAGAGUCCAAAAGGAAGGCCUGGUUAUUCUGAGUGAAAUCCAGUUAUAUGUUCAGUUUUGGUACAUCCCUAUCAAGUGAGGGGUAAAGCACAGUAAGAAUUGUGAUCACUUGACAUUGAAAAACCGCUGUAAGUUGGUUUAUGAAGCUUCAACUAAGCCUGCCCACUUAAGCUCCUGUCUAAUAGCUGCCAAGGCAAGCCCAGUACCUCCCAUUUAGAGUUCACCAAGGUUUAGAAUGGCCGAGUCAGUCUCUGAAGCAAUUAAAGAGAGAGCGAAUGACUGCCAAACAGCGGUUUUCCCGACUAGCAAACUCCGUAAUGAAGUCUUGCAAGAAAAUGUCGGCCGAUGAAUUGAUGGAAGCCUUCAAUAAGGUUGUGCUGGAUGCUGAUAAGGUCUUGGAGGCAAAUGAGGAGGUGGAAAUUGCCUGGUUGGAGGAGUUGGAGCAUGUGUCGACCCCGAAAGAGAGCAUGAGAGAUGACAUCAAAAGGACAGUGGAGGAGUGUGAACAGAAACUUCACGAUGUGGAGCACUUCGUUCAGAAGAUCCUAUGGGGAAAUUUCGGCAACUCUGAAUUGACUGUGGCCCUGGAGGCUGCUGAAAAGGAGUGUAAGCGCCUUUUGAUGAGUCAGCCUGGCCUGAAGUUGGAGGUGUAUGAGUUGAUGCUUAAUCACCUUGAGGGGCUGGUAAAGGCAGCGAAAGAGGCUGUUUUUCGAUGGAGUCGUUGGAUCUCAGAUGCAGAGCGGCCUGACUUUCAGCAGCGUAUGAGGAACAUAGAGAGUUUGUUGCCUGAGUUGAUUUCGGGGAAGGCUGACCUAUUACAGGCGAAGUUGGAACAUAAUGGGUCCUCAGAUGCAACCCUGCCCCCGUCUCCAGCUAUUAAGCUGAGGCCAACAGCACUUCCUCGGUUUGAUGGAAAUAGGCGGAACUUCUACCUCUGGAAAAAGGAAUGGGAAGCAUUGCAAAAGCAAGGAGAACCCACUGGGUCCAAGGAGGUGAGGAAGUUUCAGCUUUUGGAUAGUCUCGAGGAAAGGGUGGCAAGAGAACUCCGCCUGCCAACCUAUGGAACAGCUGAUGAAAUAUUUCGGGUUCUUGGAAAUCGGUUUGGAAAUAAAUCAGCAAUUGCCUUGGAGAUUGUAGAGGAACUGCAGGCUCUGCCUCCAGUGAGAGGCCAUCAGCCACGGAGGGUUGUGGACAUGAUACAGGUUGUUGAAAAGGCCUUGUAUGACCUUAGUGAGUUGGGAAAUACGGGUGCUUUGAGGAAUCCUCUUGUCACGAAAUCCUUAGAAAGUAAACUGCCUGAAAACUUGAAAAAGGAAUGGUUGGUCUAUUUGGCAGGAGAGGAGGAGGUUGCAUCACCUGAAGGUAGAUUUGACAUGCUCCUUAAGUUCCUGAGAAGUCAGGAAAAGAUUUAUGAGCAGUUGGACCAAUUAAGGGACGAUGAUUCCAGUAAGAGAGAGAUAAAAAUCCCACAAAAGCAUGCCCGGACCAAAGCCACUAACUCGUUAGGCUUUCAAGCAUCUUGCAUUGUCUGUGGAGAGAGGGGUCACAGGAAGAAGUUGUACUACUGCAAGAAAUUUAAAACGCUUCGAGUGGGGGAAAAGAGGGAGGCCGUUAAGAAGUUCGGCGCUUAUGUGAGGUGUCUUGAGAUUCACGAUGGUGACGCAGAGUGUAAGACCACCUUCCUGUGUAAAAAUGAGGGGUGCAAGGACGCUCAAGGCCUAGGUCAUCACUACUACCUCUGUCCCAAGGUUGGAAGCAAGGAAGGAGACCCAAGGCGGUUGAGGCCCAGUCCAGCAAGAGCUGAAGGGAAGAGGUAUACUGAAAGCCAGGAAGAGUUCCUAACGAGCUUGCCCCCUGAUUUAGCUCAGCGGUGUCGGAAUGUGUUCUGCAACUCUGUCUCAAAGACAUUUAGCUUAACCGUUCCAGAGCAGGGGUUGCUAGCGGAGAAUGACCUCAAGGAGUUUCCAGUUAUAAUGAUGAUCCUUGAGGUCACUGCCAAUGCUGGGCAAAAGAUUGGAACUUUGAUAGACCUGGCAUCUGAUACCAAUUAUAUUACCCAUGAGGCUGCUGGUGAACUGGACUUAAGGAGUGAGGAUGUGACCCUUAUAGUCCAUGGAGUUGGCGGAAUGCAAGUAACAGUUCAGACCAAGCGUUACCUGCUGAAGAUACGGGUCAAAACCUCAAUGGGAGCCCUGAAGUCUCAUCAGCUUGUGUGUUAUGGGCUUGAUAGCAUUGCAGAGGUUAACCGUCAUGUGUCAGCAGAAAGACUGCAAAAAAUAUUUCCUCAUGUUCCCUUUUAUCAACUGGUCCGCCCUACUAAGAUUAAACUCCUCAUAAGCCAUAAGGAAGGGCAGCUUGUCCCUCAGAAGGUGUGCUCUGUUGGGGACCUUGUCCUGUGGGAUGGGCCUCUGGGUAAAACAGUGGGCGGUUCUCAUCCAGAUCUGUUAGAAGACGUUACAGUCACUGUCCACGAUUCUAAAACUCAUUUUGCACGCUCCAUGCGGACAGCGGCUGCUGGAUAUAAAGAGAUCACCAGUGACUACUCAGGUAAACUUCCUCGACUCACUCGGGCUACUAUGUCCUCUGUCAACCGAGAUUUUAUGGAUUGGUGGAGGUGGGACAGCAUUGGGGCUGCUUGUGAGCCUCGGUGUGGUGGCUGUAGAUGUGGAAAUUGCCAACCUGGGGGAAAGGAGAUGACUAUUUCCGAGGAACGAGAGCUGGAGAAAAUAAAGGAUGGACUUACUUAUGUGACUGAAGAUCACCAUAGCAUAAAGCCACACUGGCAUGCAAGGUAUCCCUGGAUUGAGGACUUGGGAACGCUGCCUAACAAUAGGGGAGCUGUUGAAGCAACGUUCCUGAGAACCGAGAAGCAACUGACAAGGGAGAUUGAAUGGAAAAUGGCCUAUAAAGCACAGGUCCAUGACAUGGUCGAGCGGAGGGCUGUUAUUAAGCUUUCAAAGGAAGAGUUGGAAAACUGGACCGGACCAGUAUGGUAUAUCAGUCACCUAAUUGCACCGAACCCUCACUCUGUUACUACACCAGUCCGUCUUGUGUGGAAUAGUAGCCAGAAAUUCAGGGGUCAAAGCCUAAAUGACUUGCUCAUUAAAGGUCCAGAUGUCCUCAACAGUAUACGUGCUGUUCUAAUCCGGUUUCGGCAAGGGGUGUUUGCUGCGCUUGGAGACAUAAAGAAAAUGUAUAAUUCUGUAUGGCUCGAGGACCAAGAGGUACAUCUUCAUCGCUUUUUGUGGAGAGACUCUGAGGAUGAGGAUAUUCAGGAGUAUGCAAUUACAAGAGUCAAUAUCGGUGAUAAGCCAGCAGGCUGUAUCGCACAAGUUGCCAUGCGUGAGACAGCAAAUUUGCCCAUGUUUAAUCAUCUUGUUGAAGAGCGUCGCGUGCUGGAGCAAGACGCUUACGUAGAUGAUGUGCUUACAUCCCAUAGUGAUUUGAACCAGCUCAAGCAAAUAACGGCCAAUAUCGAACAAAUCUUGGAGACUGGUGGAUUUUAUAUGAAACCAUGGGUUUACUCCGGCCAAAGUGGGAAACCAGAAUCCAAGGACCCUGAGGAAAAGAAACCUGUGGUGAUGGUCCUUCCGAAUCAACUCCCUGAUGAGAACAAUAAAGCUUUGGGCCUAGGCUAUGAUCCGGCGAGUGAUAAACUUCAUUUGAUGACAGCGGUAAACUUCUCCAAAAGGAAAAAGAGGAUGAGAUUGGGAGAGAACUUGUCUAAAGAUGAAAUCAGGGCGCAGGUGCCAAACCCGCUCACUCGUAGAGAGCUCCUGAGUCAAGUUUCUGGGCUGUAUGACCCCCUUGGUCUUGUGACACCUGUCAAGCAAAAGGGAGCCAUUUUGGUGAGAAGAGCAUUUCAGGAAGUAAGGGGCAAAUACAGCCCAUCAGAAAAUACAUGGGAUGCUCCUUUGUCGGAGGGUCUAUGGGAAGACGCUGUUCACCUCUUUGAAGAUUAUACCGAGCUUAGCCAGUUAAGAUUCAUCAGAGCCUUGACACCUCCUGCACCAUGUGGCGAGCCCUGUGGUAUUACGUUCUCUGACGGGAGUGAGUGCUCGUAUGGGGCUGUGCUGUACUUGCGGUGGAAAUUGCCACGAGAUGUCAUUGUACGGCUUGUUGAGUCCAAGGCAAGGUUGACGCCGUUAGAUCAUAAAGGGGAUGCUGUAAAAGCUGAGGUCUGUGGGGCUGUUUAUGCUGCUCGCUUGAAAAAGUAUUUCGAGAAGCAUUGUAAGAUUCAGGUAGCAAGAUGGUACCAUUUGGUUGAUAGCCAGACUGUCCUAGGAGCUGUCCAACGUGAAAGCUAUGGCUAUCAGACAUUCUUUGCCAAUAGAAUCGGGGAAAUUCAAGGCAGCACAAAUGUUCAAGACUGGUGGUGGAUUCCUGGGCCACUCAACAUAGCGGACAUUAUUUCGAGGGGGGCAAGCCCCAAAGAGUUGGACGAAGGCUCAGAGUGGCAGCUGGGUCCUAAGUUCUUAAGGCUCCCAGAAAGUGAAUGGCCAGUGAAAUCUGCUAAGGAUGUUACUAUUGAAGCAAGAGAGAACCUCACAAGGAUCCAGAAAAAAGCUUUUGUUGCUGCUCUUACGAGGGUCAGGGCAAAAAAUGCAGGCCUGAAACAGGACUUAAAUCUUCCCUCAGUGGUUUUGCAUAGGCCAUCUGCCAGGACUGUUGCAAGUCUGGUAGAUAUCAAGCGGUUUAGUAGCCUAAUGCAACUAGUUAAAUCAGUAGCGAUGGUCUGGAGGGCGGCAAAGAAGUUUCUUCAUGCCAAAGCUACCAGAAAUCCAAAGAGGGAGGCAGUCCUAUUGACAGGCAUUGUCACCGUGGCCGAGAGAGAAGACGCCUUUCGAGACCUCUGUCUGUCAGCUCAAGAAGGAGUUACUUUCCCUACCACUACAACGGAUCGGUUGGUGGUGUAUAGGAAUGAAACUAGUGGACUGUUGCUGUGUGGGGGAAGAAUUCAGCAUUUUAGAGAAGACUAUUCGGCUGUCCCACUGCUGCCUUUUGAUACUUGGCUAGGGACGCUACUAGCACGUCAAAGUCAUCAGCAGGGACAUGAGGGGGUCGCUGGGACACUGCUUAGGAUGCGGCGGAAGGCUUGGGUUGUUCAAGGGAGAAGGUUGGCCCAAAAGGUCGUCAACCAGUGUGUCCUUUGCAGGAAAGUAAGAGCUCGAAUGUGCCGGCAAGUGAUGGGUGAUCUUCCAGUAGAGAGGUCAAGACCUGCCGCUCCUUUCCAGUUUACGACUAUUGAUUUGUUUGGCCCGUACCUGGUGAAAGAUGAUGUGAAAAGAAGAGUGUCCAUGAAAACCCCCCAGACCAUCUUCUGCUGCAUGGCAAGCCGUGCUUUAUAUGUAGAUCUGGCCAGCAGUUUGUCUACAGAGAGCUUCUUAAUGACCUAUCAAAGAUUCACAGCCAUCAGGGGCCAUCCCCUUAAGGUCUGGUCAGAUCCUGGGACCAAUUUUAUUGGUGCAAGAGCCUUGCUGGUGGAUCUGUAUGCCUUCUUGCAGAGCCAAGAUACAUUGAGCUUGGAGGAGUACGCUGUAAAGAAUGGGACAAGCUGGAUCUGGAGAGUGCUCCCUGCUGACUCGCCACAUCGAAAUGGGGCUGCUGAAGCGGCUGUAAGAAUUACCAAGAGAGCUCUUCAAGGACUGGGCAAGUCAGCAAAUCUUACCUUCAAUGAGUUCCUUACGGCCCUCCAUUUGGCGGCAAACCUGGCUAAUGAGAGGCCUAUCGAUGCAAGAGUCCAAAGUCGAGAGGGUCGCAUUCAGUAUGUAACACCAAAUACGCUUCUCCUAGGUCGAGCAUCCCACAGUGGGGACUCCAGGUCCUUCAAUUUUAACGACUACCCCUACAAGCGGCUCAGGGAGAUCCAGAGCCAAGUUAGUGACUUUUGGAAAGCAUGGUGUCAGCUUGCUGGGCCAAACCUCUUCAUUAGAGCUAAAUGGCAUACCACAGAGAGAAAUGUUGCUGUAGGGGAUGUCGUGUGGCUUUGUGAUCAAAACUCCCUGCGAGGACAAUUUAGACUUGGCCGAGUCGUCUCUGUGGCACCAGAUUCAAAGGGCAUCGUGAGAGAUGUUGAAAUUCUUGUUGUGCCUGGGGGCUGUGUGUUGGUCCAGCCUCAGAAGCCUGAAAUCCAGCACUUAGCCUCUGGCGACGGGAAGGAAAAGCCUAUUGGAGUGGUAUUGCGCAGGGAUGUCCGGCGACUUGUAGUCCUGUUGCCUGUGGAGGAGCAGGAAAAUUAAAACUCUUUAGGGUCUAUAUUCGCCUUGAAGUUCUCCAACCUUUCUGUUCAAGAACAAAAAGGUUGAGUGGGAGGUGUUGCGAUGAACGUCAUUCCAGCAAGUGGUUACGUCGUUCACGCAAGUGGUCAUGCGGAACCAAAGUUUACUCACCUGUGUGCACCCGAGGGGAAGGCAUUAACGGACGCACCUGCUCUUUAUUUUGGAUAAUGUCGGCAAAACGCAUUGGUAGCGCGACAAGCAAAGGGUCAAAUCUACACCAAGUGCUUCUGGAACUGUGCUGCGAUUGUGUACUGAAAAGUAGACUCUGAACGGACAGCCGGUUUUUCACCUGUAAAUGCCUGGCUUGAGGAAAGCGAAGAUAAAAUAAAAAGGGAUAAAGAGUCCAAAAAGAAGGCCUGGUUAUUCUGAGUGAAAUCCAGUUAUAUGUUCAGUUUUGGUACAUCCCUAUCAAGUGAGGGGUAAAGCACAGUAAGAAUUGUGAUCACUUGACAGUGAUCAUCGCACUAUCAAGAGAUUUGUGUCUGAUUCAGAGCACAGACGGGUUUGUGCAGAUAAAGGCAAAUUGAGGAAGAUUUCUGCCAGAUCCAUGCAUCGGAUCAAAAGAGCAGCUGCUAAAAUGCCAUUAUGUAGCAGCAAACAGAUAUUUGAAGCUGCUGGUGCCUCUGGAGUCCCACGGACAUCAAGGUGUAGAGUCCUCCAGAGUAUUGCAACUGUGCAUAAACCUUCUAUUCGGCCACCACUUACCAGUGCUCACAAGCAGAAACGGCUGCGGUGGGCAGAGAAAUACAUAAAGACUAAUUUUCAAACAGUCCUGUUCACUGAUGCCGUGCGACCCUGGAUGGUCCAGAUGGAUGGAGUAGUGGAUGGUUGCUGAACGGCCACCGUGUUCUAACAAGGCUGCGACGUCAGCAAGGGGGUGGUGGAGUCAUGUUUUGGGCCGGAAUCAUGGGAAGAGAGCUGGUUGGCCCCUUUAGGGUCCCUGAAGGUGUGAAGAUGACCUCGGCAAAGUAUGUGGAGUUUCUGACUGACCACUUUCUUCCCUGGUACAGAAGGAAGAACUAUGCCUUCCGUAAUAAAAUCAUCUUCAUGCAUGACAAUACACCAUCUCAUGCUGCAAAGAAUACCUCUGCAUCAAUGGCUGCUAUGGGGAUAAAAGGAUAGAAAGUCAUGGUGUGGCCUCCAUCCUCCCCUGAGCUCAGUCCUAUUGAGGACCUUUGGAGCAUCCUCAAGCAAAAGAUCUAUGAGGGUGGGAGGCAGUUUACAUCCAAACAGCAGCUCUGGGAGGCUAUUCUGACAUCUUGCAAACAAAUUCAAGCAGAAACUGUCCAAAUACUUACAAGUUCAAUGGAUGCAAGACUUGCGAAGCUGCUAUCAAAUAAGGGGUCCUAUGUCAAAAUGUGACGUGACCUGUUAAAACGUUUAAAAAGUUAAAAUGUUUUAAAAGUUUGAUUCAAAUAGCUUUUGAUUUCAGUACAUAUGCUACAAACACAACAAACGACAAUUUUCAGUUCUUUACAACUUAUAGGCCCGGUUUCACAGACAGGGCUUAAGCCUAGUCCCAGACUAAACUGCCAACUUGAGCUGUCUUAACUCAAAGUGACUUGCACAGAUAUAGAUUAAAAUAGUCACAGACUUAGCCUAUUCUGGAUUAAACAAAGCUGAUUGCAAGAGGGAGGAUUAUAGCUAGUCUAUGACUAAAUUGAAGCUUAAAUUAAUCCUUCAAGGAGGCAGGUUUAACUCCUGCUUAGCACUGUUUGUGAGGGGAGCAUGGAAUAUUUGGAAUAUCUAAAUGAAAACCAGCAUGCACAACAGAGGCCUGCAAGAGUACUUUUGGAUAGGAGCGAUCCAUUACAUUACUUUGAUGACACAGCUUUUCAAGACCGCUUUCGCAUGUACAAAGAACAUGCAUUGGAGAUAAUAUCUUUGCUAGAACCUACACUUUCCUGUCUGUCUCUGAGAGGAAAGCCUUUACCCAGUUCUCUCCAAGUUCUGCUCACAUUGAGGUUUUUGGCAUGUGGGACCUUUCAUCGUGAAACUGGUGAUUUGUGUGGUGCCAGUGAAGCAACUGUGUGUAGAAUAGUUCAUAAAGUCUGCAGAGCCAUUUGUGAACUGAGGAGUGUUUACAUAAAGUUUCCUGAUGCUGCUGACCAAGCCAACUACAAAGUGCAAUUUUAUGAAUAUGGGCACUUCCCAGGUGUCAUUGGCUGUAUAGAUGGAUGUCAUGUUCCCAUCAAGUGUCCAUCAAGUCCUGAUGCUGAGGAGUACAGGAACCGUAAGAACUGGUUUUCAAUCAAUGUUCAGGGCGUAUGCACACCAAAUUUAGAGUUUGCAAACAUUGUAGCGCGUUGGAAAGGUUCAACUCAUGAUUCAAGGAUUUUUCUCAACUCCUCAUUGUGUGCUCAGUUUCAGAGAGGACAGCAUAGUGGACUUCUACUUGGUGACAGUGGAUAUGGUCAGAGUAACUUUUUAUUCACUCCAUACAUAAAUCCCACAACAGUGGAGCAGCAAAGAUACAACAGAGCUCAUAUCCGAACAAGAGGCAUGGUUGAACGCAUGUUUGGAAUAUGGAAAAGUCGAUUCCAGUGUUUACGCAAUACACUU